GUUAUGUGCUGCUACUGUGAAUUGCAGUGAAAGUGAUAUAAUGUACCAAGAGAUGGUUGACCUCUUGCAGAGACUUUAUACUCCUAAAACAACCAGUGAGAUUUUUCCUUAUGGCAGGAUGCGCUCUGUACCUGCACCCCAACUUGCCAUGUGGGAAAGUUGUAGAAACGAAUUUCAGCUUUGGUCACCAAGCCUGAGAAAGUUUAUUACGGUUGCAGCUGUGUCAAAAAGCAAUGAUUUUAUUAGUAAACGCCUUAUGAUAAAACACUCUGGUGGACACCAUGUGCAUAUGGUACAUGGUUAUGUUGCAGAUGUCACCAAACUGAUUGCUUGCCUCUUGGAACAAAGUCAAACCAAAAAUGGAGAAGUUAACCUGCCCCUGUUCCAGUCAUUUGUGGAGAUAAAUUAAUCCUGUGAAACUAAAUGUGGGAUAAAUUGUAAAAAAAAAAAAUUUUGUUAGGCGUGACUCAUUGUGACUUGGAUGUCUCAACACAAUGUGCAUUGUGUCCAUCGCCACAUGGAAAAGGCCUAUUAUGCAUUAAUUUU